CGAAUAAUAAAAUAGUGACAAAUCUAAUUCUGGAACGGCGUUUCGUGUCUUUUACCUCUAGCCUUCGUAUCAAUUGUGUAAAUAAGACGCUAAAUGAGGAAUAUUGUCACAUAAUUAGUUUUUGAUUUGUCGUCUGCGUUUAGAAAGGGAUAGAGCGUUCACGUGUUUAGAAGCAAAAAAGGCGCGCAAAAUUAUUGAUAAGGACUAAGUUAUGUGAGAAGGCACAAGUGGCAUUUGGCAGUUACUAAAUCCGAUCCUGAUAUCGAAAUAAAAGAAAUUUACGACGCUGCAACAGGAAAAUCAGAAGUAUAUAAGAUGCCUGAUACCAUAACAAGAUAACUUUUAAACGUGUAAAAAAGGAUUUGAAAAAAAUAUUCACAUUACUUUUCACAAUUGUGCAAAAAAUACUCAAUAUCUAAUUGCAUAAAAGAGAGAUGGACAAAGCCUAUACAGUGUUAGCAUUUAUUCUUAACCUGGUUUUUUAUGUGGCUGCACAUCCUGUUUAUAAUUCGGAGAAGGAUUCUCUCCAAGAUGUUUACGAUAGGUGUAAUUCGGCGGCGGCAAACAAAGUAAUUCUAGAAUCCGCAGAACUUCCAUCGAACUUCUUAUUAGACAUACGCAAUGAAAAUGAUAUAAAAGCUAUUGUCGUUGCAUUGACAAGGAAUGACGAUAACAAUAUCUCUGACAUGCUUGGGAAAAAGUUAAACCUCAUUGAUGAAGAUCUUCGUCGAAAGCAUUUGCAAGACACUAUAAGUGACUUGCGAAGGGCUUGCAUUUAUGAAUACAUUUCUGAAAAGCGGCCAACGACAAACAUGAAAAAGGAUGCAGAAAAAUUUGAGGCUUUAGAUCCUGAUAAUUUUAGCGAUCUUGGAAUCAAAGAACUGUUGAGUACAGAUAGCAAUCAGUUAAGAGAGUCAGUCAAACGAAAUCGAGCAAUUGGAUUGAAUCCAACAGGCUGGAGAAAGAGGCGAAGUGAUUCUUCUAGAGAUACCGAAGAUUUGGAUAAAUUCUUGAGAAACAUGAGAGAGCUUCUGGAAAAGCGAGAGAAACUUUCUUUUAAUCCUACUGGUUGGUAGCUAUAUGAUACAACAGCAAUCUGACAUUCAGCAUAAAAUAUUAAAACCAUUUUCAGCCAUAAAACCUUUAAAACAAAUAAUAAUCAAAAUAUAGGACCAAAAUGUUUUAAACAUAACUUUUGAAUUUAACAAACUUUAGGCUUUGAAAAGUUGUCUAUUCAAUAACAAGGAUUGUAUUUUAUUCAUUUGUUAACAAACACAACAGCCUUAUCAUUAGUAAUUUAUUUUGGCAUUUUGUACCUAUAUUUUAUCACCAUUUCAAAUGUACUAGGAAAAAUAUUACACCGCCAUUAAUGUAAAUUAUGAAUUAUUUCUCUAGAUUUUAAUGGCUAAAUGUAAUUAUUACCUUCAAAUUAUGAAUCCUUAAUCUGACUGAUACACUAUGUUUUGAGGCUGGCUACUUAUCUCUAUAUCAUAGCUUACAAAUGGUUUUAGGAUUGUUUAAAACAUAUUUCAUAUCAACUAACAUUUUAAACGUUGUUUAUGGUUUGGUUGUUUUACUUUAUCAGUUUGUUUGGCUUCUGUACAAGGACAAUGACGUUAAAUAUGAUAGCACAGUUCUUAUAUAUUUCCUAUUUACAUCUAUGUAAAAUUACUUCU